CAGCGGAUUCUGAUUUAUUCGAGUUUUCCGCUAACCCCGGUUCGAAUCCGGGCAGGACCUUUAAAAAUAUUUUUUUUUGGUCUUUUUGAUGUACAAUUCAGCUUGUUUUUUUUGUCCUUCUGUUUUCUCUUUGUUCGUUUGAUUUCCGGGGCGCUGGUUGCGUGCAGAUUGCUUUGGCAAAAAUCAGUUGCUGCUCAUGAUUGUGGGGUAUGAUCUCAGAUCAGAGUAUUUCCGCUGACUGAAAUUAUCUCAUUUCUUCCUCACUACAUUUCUCUAGUUUGUGUCUGCUUGCCAACAAAAGAAAAAGGAAUAAUAUUGGUCUCACUGCCAGACCUAGAGAACCGGAAUUUCUUCUUGAGCUGUCAAAAGGGUAGCGCUCAAUAAUGGCACUUCGACCUGAUCCAGUUUCGGUUUCAUAUAUUGCGGAUGCCGAGCCAGAACACUCCCAGCAAUCAAUCACGAUUUUCGAAAGCGCCGAGUCCCGAGGUUCCUCUACUCCAGGACCAUGGGUCAUAUAUAUUCACGGAGGCGCAUGGCGAGAUCCAACCGAAGACAAACGAAUGGGCUAUCCACUUCUCGCUCGCACGCUCCCAGGCGGCUGGUCCGGCGCGUCUAUUGAUUAUAGAUUAUCGCCCGCUGUGCAGCAUCCGACACAUAUGAAUGAUGUGUUGCAAGCACUGAGGUAUUUGAAUUCUAAAUACUCUAUGGAAAGUAUAGUGCUAGUUGGCCACUCUGCUGGUGCAUGUAUAGCACUGCAGAUUCUUGCCGAGCUUACCGCUCUGACGGUGGCAUCUAAAGAACUGGGGAGCGAAAGACUGGAAGACGGUUAUUUGGGCGACAAAAUCAAGGCGGUGGUAGCGGUAGAGGGUAUAUACGAUUUGAAAGGGUUGGUUGAGGAAUAUCCGGAUUACAGAAGUUUCGUGGCCAUGGCGUUUGGCGACGAUGAGUUAGAAUGGAGCGAUGCCUCGCCGUCUUCUUUCAACUGGCCUCAGCUUAAGGAGGGAUCAAACUCCAAGAUCAUUCUCGUUCAAUCGUCCCAGGAUGAAUUAUUAAGUACACGGCAAACCAUGACUAUGAAGCAGGCCUUGGACCCGGCACAAUGGUCCAACGAGCUAAAGAUUGUUGAUGGAGGGUCACAUAACGGUACAGUUACAUCUGACGCGCUAUACGAAGUGGUCAAGGAGGUCUAUAGUGUCGUUGAGAACGCGCAUUGAUUCUGUAAACACGAGUCAGCUACGAAAGUGGGAGUUGCGAAGAGUGCGUCACCUACUGUAUCUUGUCUACUGUGAACCCAAGAAGUUCACAGCAUGCUUUCCACGAAUAUCGCAUUCACGCCAAAUAAUCUGGUAUUUUUCUACGUAGACAAAACCUUGGUAUCAUUUUUAAACACGUCGAUCUGCAAUUCCCCAUUCAGAUCACGUGC